CCCCGGGACCAAGCCCGGGACAUCAAGCCGUGAAGAGGAGGGCGAGGAGGGAACAGAGCAGGCACCGCCUACGGCACCGGGAGUCAAGCUUCCCGAAAAGACGCCUUUCCAGGGUGGCCAGAGCUCUAGAGCGGCAGGCAGGCGACGGGACUGCGCGCUCAACACCAGUCCGUCCCGCGGCGAGGACGGAGCCGCCCCCCCAACACACACCGCGGACAGCGCGGAACAGCAUCUUGUGGACUGUUGUUAACUUAACAAGCAUGGAGAUACGAUUAGAAGUUUUGACAUCAACAAGUAUCAAACAGAAAAAGCCCUGGCCACGAGUCUCCUGGUUAGGACAGGAAGAUGAAGCUGUUUUUCUCUUGGAUGAUAAAUUCAUAAAUGAAAUUAACUUGCUAUCAGGAAGAACAAAGAAGAAAAUUCCUAGUCUGCAGCCUUUGCUGAAGGACGUUAUUGUCCUAACAACAUCCAGUAAUGAUGUGUGGCUGGCUGGGGUACUCACCACAGGGGAGCUUUUUCUUUGGAACAAAGAUCAAGAUUGCUUGAAAACUAUACCGGCAACUGAGAAGCCUAAGAAAAUGAUUCAAGCUGCAGUAGAUUUUAUUUAUUUAUUCCUGAGAGAGAGAGGGGCAGAGACACAGGUAGAGGGAGAAGCAGGCUCCAUGCACCGGGAGCCCGACGUGGGACUCGAUCCCGGGUCUCCAGGAUCGCGCCCCGGGCCGAAGGCAGGCGCCAAACCGCUGCGCCACCCAGGGAUCCCAUCAAGCUCUUUGAGACUGUACUUGUAUGUAUCUGGAAAUGGGAAAAGAGUUUUGCUUAUAACUCCUUCUGGAUGCAUAUUUCUUUGGGAAUAUUUGGAAUUCAAGACUAUCUUAUCUUCUAAAAGUCCUUCAUUGGUAGGCCAGUGGUCCCAGAUCAUACCCGAAGAAGCAGUUCAUUUGCCUUCUAAAGAAGAUAAAGAAACUGUAGUACAUGCUGUUUUUAUAAAAAAUGAGUUAUUUGGAGACUGCUGCUUGUGUUCGUUUACUUUUUAUUCUGGGGAAUGUCUGAAGUUAACGUUUCUAGCAAUUCGGUGGCAUGAAAAUGUAUUUACAACUAUGAGGUCAUUGCCAUACCAUGUUCAUUGGGCACAACAAAACUGCCAUCUGUGCAAUCUGAUUCCUAAAUGUGCCUCAGUAAAGUCAAGAGGUGCUCUCAUUUCUGCCUUUUCAAGAGAUGGUGUUACCCUGGCAGUAACCCUUAAUCAGAAAGACCCAAAGGCAACUCAGGUAUUGUUCAUAAACACACUGAAUUUUGUUACUCUCUGUGGUAGCCUGAGAGGAUGUAGUAAUAAGAAUCCUGUGGUUCCAGCUACACUUAUCAGGUCCUACUGGGUAGGUGAUAUCAGCUGGACUCACGAUAGUCUUUUUCUGGCUUGUAUGUUAAAACGUGGCUCCCUGGUUUUAUUGACCUGUCAAGGUGAAUUGGUGACGUUAAUUACAUUUGGUUGCUCCAUAGAAUUUGGGCCAGCAGAAUUUAUUCCUUUUCACCCACUAGUAACAUAUAGACCACAGCAGUUUACAUUUCAAGAUUCAAAUAAUUCUGUAGACUCAUCAGCUUCUGAUAGUGACCCCAUGAGACAGAGAUUUUCCAUAAAAGCACACUCACGGUUACCCUACCUCAUUAUUUCUGAUGGAUACAUGGUCACAACCCUUCGAUUUGUUGAUAACCUGUCUCCAUCAGUGCUCAUGAGAUCCCUUCUACUUGAUUCAACCCAGAGGCUUGAGAAAACAUAUCAAAGUAUGAUAUUGUCUAAGCCAAAAGGCAAAGGGCUGAACUUACGAUCACUGGAUUCCCUGAGAUCUAGCCUGUUAAAACACCAAGGAAAUCAAAGUUUAGCUGAUUCUACUGUCCCCAGAUUCUUACAGACAGAAGAAACCAUGAAGUUAAGUGAAAAAACAGCAGAUUUCCAGGAUUUUGAAGCAGAAGAAACUAAUGAAGGCAAUCACUUUCCGAACAACUUAUUCUCACUUUGGAAUAAAAAAAAUGAUCCAUUGUUCAGUAGUGUCAAGGAGGGAAGACUGGAAUUUGCAUCUAUGUUUGAUACAAUACAUGCAAAAGAUAAUGUCAAGGAAACAGAUAAAACCAUUACAGAACUGCAUUCUGUCCAGAAAAAUCUCCUUGCAGCAUGGAAUAUAGGAAUUUCAAAAAAUGUGAUGGAAAAAAAUGUAAUGUUGAAUUACACAGUAGUUUGUAUCACUCAUUUUUUCUACAUUCUUCAAUUUAUAAAAUGUCCUUUCCCCAAACUAGAUAUUUUUUUAAAUAAGAGCACAGGACAAAAUGCAUGGGUCCUUUGUAUCUUUCAACUUUUUCAUCAGUGUUUAUCAGUCCAGUAUUGGGAUAUGAGAUACAAACAAGAUGUGGGACAUUUGGUAAAGCUGACCUCAAAUACUAUAAAGCUUUUGCUGACCCAGCAACAACAGGGUCAGUUAUUCUCAGAGAAGCUUUUGGCUAGUUUUCAUUUACUUAAAAUGGUAGCUGAUAAUUUAAAUGCUAUAUAUGGUCUUCAUCCUGAAGUUAUUUCAGCCUCAACUGAUGGAAGUAGAACAGCAAAUCAAGACAAACUGGUGGUACCCAUUUUUCAAAUGUUUCAAGAUAGUGGUUCUCAGGAAAACUGGUCCUGGAACUCAUCUUUCAAGAUUUGUCCUCAAGUAGUAAAUCUUGCUCAACAACCAGGACACAGAUUGAUUGUCCUCUGGAGAGUAUUGUACAAAAAAACUUUAUGGUAUCAAACACAAUUAAGUCAAAGACUUCCUGAAGAUGACAGGCAGUUAAUGGAAAAGAUGGCACAAGAAGCAUCUACUGUCAAGGCUCUGUUAUGUCAUAUACAGGCUAACUUACAGAAUGCUGGAGUUCAUGUGAACCAAGGCUUGGAACUUAAAUCUAUCAAUGGUGAAGAAUAUUUCCUGUUAGGAUCAUAUGAAAAAUCUGUUCAAUUGUGGAAGAAAGCGCUACAAGAAACCCAAGAGAAAGGAGGAAGAAGAACAUGUUUUCUUCAGAUGCGCUAUUAUCUUUCUCUUUUAUACUGUUACCUUUAUAGCUAUAAUUUAAAUGAUGCUCAAGGAUUAUGUGAUCAACUAGUAAGAGAAAUAUUGAGGGGGUCCCACCUACCUGUAAAAGAAAAUGAGGAUUGUUCAGUUCCUGAGAAGCCUCCCUGUGAGUUUGGAAUGACUAGAAGGGUUCGUCCUGAGGCGGCAGUGAGGGUUAUCCAGUCCAUGGCCCGGUUCAUGGCCGCCUAUUUCACCAACCAGCCACUUUGCAUUUUGCCACCUCACAAUGUGAACGUUCUUCCUCCCCUUCAUGUUGAAACAGAACAGUCCCUUCGACUCAUUCCUCUGCAGCACUCUAUGGUGGCCAGUGUCAUAAGAGAUCAGAAUCUUUCUGAUAUGUGGACAGUUGAAUAUGCCUUUGAACUAUUACUUAUUGGUGGCCUCGUUCCAGAGGCCGUGUGGUUGGCACACAAACUUGGAGACUGGAAGACAUCUGUUUCCAUCGGUGUGGCCUUCCAACUAUUCUGCAAACAUCAUAGCCAUUUCAUAAGGACCAAGAAAAUGAGUCUGAAUUUACCAAUAAAUAUGACUCCAGCACAGAUUUUCCAGGAAAAGCUGCAGUGUUUUUUAGGUCGGGCAGCCUCAUUGGAAGCAAAAAAUGAAAUGGGCUCAAAAUACAAACAAUUUACAGAUCCCAUUGAAGAAGAAGAUGUAAAUCUGCUAUUUGGUUCAGUGCAAGAAGUAUUGAAAGCAGCAGUUAUGGCCGAUGCAGAUGUUCUAUCAGAGACAUUUCAGCUCCUGGUCACCUCUGCCAAGGACUUCAGUAAGAGACUGUGGGGCUUGGUGCCAGUCGGCUUGUACCUACCAGCUCCUCCAUUAUAUUGUCCUCAGCCAGCUAUUCUUAGUGAAGAAGAUGGCGAUGAUCUUGUUUUAAAAGCUGAGAAAGAAAACCGUCAAAAGGUGUCUGGAAUCCUUCAACGUAUCCUCUUGCUUUUCCGGGCAGCCCGGUGUUCUUUUCCUGUGGCACAGUGGUACAUACUGCAGUUGAGAUGGGCGAGAAAAGUCAUGCAGAAGAUUCGAAUGAAAGGAUCUCUUCCUUCAUUGAGUCCUUUCCCUCAAUCAUUACUUAAUUACUGUAAAGGAGGUGUAGCAUUCUUUCGACCUGGAGCAGUUGGAGACCACAAGCUUGAUGAAGUUUCUGUUAAAGCAAUAGGUUGCUUCAGAGAACUUUGUGCUUUGUGUUGGAUGCUACAUAUUCGUGAUAAGUUAUCCUAUAAUUGCAGACAAUAUCAGAAAGCAAGAGAAAAUGUGGAGGGAAAAAAGGACCUCGAAGUGGAGUUUGAUUCCUGUAUGGUUGAGCACUGUCUCAGCGCAGUGGAGUGGGCGUACAGAAUGCUGCCCUUCUCUCGGUUUUCUAAUAUUGAAGAACUUAUUCAAGAUCUAAUUUUGAGCCUUAUUGGAGAACUGCCACCAAUCAGAAAGGUAGCAGAAAUUUUUGUGAAAGCGUUUCCCAAUCCUGAGGAUAUAAGGGUUCCUUUAAGAGAAAAAUAUCACUCUCUUCAGCAGAGACUCAGACACUGUGUGGUGAAAGGUCCCCAAACUGAGGAAAUGAUGUCUGUUAUUAUGCAUUCUAUUCAUAAAGUGAGAGUGAAAGCCCUAAAACGUGUGGAGAGGAAUAUAGGUCCUUUUGAGAUGAAUAUCUGGGAACCAAUUGAAGAAGAAAAAGCCGAGGCUCCAGGUUUUGAUAGGUUUUCUCUAGGACUGAGCUUGAGCAGGAGCACACUCACCGAACUGGGGAAUCCUCCAGUCCACAGCGAUGCAGAUACAGCAGACACCUUCUCGGAAGCAUGGUCCGUUGAAGAAAAAAGAAAUACCCCAAAUCACAUGGAAUUAACAUUGACAAAUAAGUCCAAUGAAAAAAAGAUUUGUAAUCAGAAAGAAAAUCUUGAAAGAAAAGAUCAUGAAAAGUUAUUACAAAAUGCGCUUCCUGUAGUAGGUGUUUGGGAAUUUGAACGUGAUGAUGAUGAAUAUAUUAAAUUUCUUGAUCUCUUCUUGAGUUACGUUCUUGAAAGAGACCUACUUGAUUCCAAGGAUCCCGGCAUUCCAUUUCUAACCAGUUUUUCUGGACAUCUUAAAGAACAUGAGCUUAAUUCUUUACUUUUUGAUGUACAUACAACAUUAAAACGACGUCAAGGCAAAACCAAAAGCCAGAAUAUAUUUAGAGCUGGCUCCUGCUUUGUUGUUGCUUCUGAGUCAUAUGAGUCUGAAAAAGCAGAAAACCAAGCACUUUCAGCUGCAGUGCCAGUUAAUCAGGGAACCAGGCCAGUUUUAGAGAACCCUUUGAAUGAAGUUGAUAAAUAUGAAGGGACGAGUGGAUUGUUCGGUUUAAAACAAAAGUCAGUUUACAGAAUACAAGAUGCCAAUUCGGAGAAACCUGUGAUCCAGAGAUUGUCAAACCAUAUUUUUUGGACUCCCAAAUCCAACAAAACUAGAAGAUGUAUUUUCAAAGCAAUUCAGUGCAGUGAUAUUAAUCCUCAAGAAGAUCUUCCUCUAGCACUAAAUGACACUUUUGGCAGUAUAAGAAGGCUGCUGGAAUGGAUGGUAAGGUGGUCUGAUAGAAGACUGCUCUGUGAUCCUAGUCUCACUGAGUUAUCCAGUGAGUAUAGUCCCGUCAUUCGUGUAAAGACCACUACAGCUGCCAUUCUUACAUCAUUGUGGCUUUUGGAGCAACCAUAUUUUGCUACAUAUAAGGCAAAAAAUGCCAUUUUAGAGGUGCUAGAGAAUCAUUAUCCUCAGUUGCAGACUGGACCGAACAUUGAGAGUGAUUGCAAAAUGAAUGCUGACUGUUCCGUCGCAGUAACCACCCAAGGUGGGACUGAGGAAAGAAAUGAUCAAAACGAACCUCGUCAAAAUAUCUUGAUAAUGCCAACUGAAACAUACAAUCCUGAAAUAAAAGAAACCAAAGAUGAGAUUAUUCCUGUUACUGAUGAUACUGAAAAAGAAUUUGUAGAUAUUGGUGAGGAUCUUUUAGAAGUAGAAACAUUUAACCAAGAGGAAAUGGAAACAUACCUAUCGGACUAUGAAGAAGGUACCAAAGAGCCUGUUGAAAGUCUUAAAAGUUCCAAUACUGUCAUUAACAUGCAGACUUUACCACAGCAUUUAGAAGAACAGCAAUCCACAAGAGAGGUUCAGUGUCCAAGGGAAGAACCAUUGGAGACAUGUAUGGAGGAAAAAUCAACUGAACAGAAAGGUACACAGAUCUCUGCAUUUAAAGAUAAAUCUUCCUCAGUUCCACCUUUCGUGUCAAAUGGAGUCAGCGUUGCCUCACAAACACCUGUGCCAACACCUCUGCAGACCCAGAGCAAUGAACCCAGGGCUCAGUUACCAGAGUCUUCAGAUUCUGUUAGGCAGAUGCUCCAAGAUGAAAUGUUUAAAUUAGUUCAGCUGCAACAGAUCAACUUCACGAGCCUAAUGCAAAUAGUAGGAUCAUCUUUUGCUAACCUCUCAGAUAUACAUCGACUUCUGCAGCAGCCUCAGUCUGUGCCUCUGGUGGGAAGCCAAGUAUUAAACCCCACGAGAGGGAGUAGUGAUGUUGAUGACACCAGUAGACAUUUUAAGGAGAGAUCUUUUAUUAAACCACAGCCUGUAGGAGAGUACACCAGAGAGCAUGGCAAGAAGAGUCCACACUGCCCUAAAGGAGUUGUGCAGUCUGAUCAAAACAGUCAUGGAAAUUUACAGAAUGUACCACAUGGGAGUAUUCCUUUAUGUGAGUUCGAAAGCCCACCUCCCAGUACAGGAUUAACUCCAGCAUCUCAAAGCUUACCAACCACUGCACUGCCUCCUGCUCCUGCUGGAAGUUCUGCUUUCCACCUUUUGUCUCCAUCUUUUGCCAUUCCAAAGACACCUAGACUCAUCCCAGCUGCAAAAACUUUCGGACCUGCUGAUGGUUUUCCUUUGCUUCAGUUUCAGCCUAAGCAUGAAUUUAAGUCCCUCUCCUUCCAUUCAGGAAGAGUUCAACAAGUUCCCUUCAGGCCCCUGCCACAGCCUAAAGAGGCAUGGGGGUUAUCCGCUUCCUUCCAGCCUCUUUUGCCACAAAGAACAAUGCCUACUACUUCAGUGUCCCCUUUGAAUUUGAGCCACUAUAAUACCGAAGCCAUAAAAAAAGCAGAGGAGCAGGAGAAAUGGGCAGAAACUGUAACUACAGAAAUCCCUAAGCAUGUGAACCUGGAUCAGUAUGUUGGACAAGAAAACUUGACACCUCAACAGGACUCUUCAGUAUUUAUAAAACCAGAAAAACUACUUGAUGUUAAGCCAGGGCCCCUUGAGAUAUCUCCUCAGAAUACCUUUGGACUUCCAUUAUUGCAUCUACAACUUAAACCUCCUUAUGUAUUUUCCUCUGACUCAAGGACGUUGGUAACAAUUCCUUCAAUACCUACCAGUACUAUAGCACAAGAAACAAAAUACCCAAGGCUCUCAUUACUUCAUUCAUGCCUAUCCUCAGAAAAUAUGUACAAAAACCUACAACUUAUUCCACUUGAAAGCCUCAUUGCAUUCAAACAAAGCCAAGAGAAACAAACACAUGAUUUAUUUGAACAAGGUGAUUCUGGACACCUUCAGCUUCUGAAUGUCAAAAUAGAACCAUCUGAAGUGAGACAAGGAAGGGACAGUAAAAAAAGACGAAGACGACGAGCUGAGAAAGAGCUGCAAGAAAAAGGAUCAGAAAAACUAAAGAGAAAGCCAAGUGUGGCUUCCCAACCAGAGGGUUCCCUUGUUAAUGAUAAUGAUUCAGAAAUAGUUACAAAGCCCAAGGAGCAACAAGAACAUCCUCGUUCCCAGCCUUUGGAUGACUUCGAUAUUCCUUUUGAAAUGCUGCAAGAUGAUAUUAAUACUUCAGCUGGAUUGCAUUUCAUGGCCUCUGUAAGAAAGAAGGCUAUAGAAUGUCAGGAUGCAAGUACAAAUACAGACCCAGAUAAAAAAGCUGCUUCUCAAGAAAUUGUUACUGAAUGUUGUAAAGAUCAACAAAUCAUUUCUCCCAUAUCAGAACAUGAACCUUUGACUGUUCCUCAAGUGUUGGCUCCAGAUGUAUAUCUAAAUCUCAAACUUCCCAGUGAAAUAUCAGAGAAACCUAUGUCACCUUCACCAUCGGAUCUGGUUGGACACACUUACAUAAAUGUGAUUGACAUUAAAGCUGAUGAUCUACAGGAAUUGCCUAUCAGAGAAGAGCCUACAAGUGAUACAAUUAUCAAACAGCCAAGUGAUCAUCUGGAGGCCCCAACUUCUGCAGAAUUACAUUAUAUGGCAGCUUCAGUUACAAAUGCUGUUCCCCUGCACAGUUUUAAGGGUGAAGAGUCUGCCAAUUCCACUGUGGAUGUAUUAUUUAAACCUGCAAAAGUGUCUCCAUCCUGUGUGGAUGAAAGAAGCUGGAGAGCUGGUGUCACAGAAGUGAAGGAACCUGGUGUCACCUCACCUAUAUCAUCAGAAAUACAGCAGGACAAAGAUAUGGUGGAGCCAGAUUUUCGAUUCAAAGAACAGAGCUCAAUUUCAGCUGCUGCAGAAGAUGAUCUGCUGUGGGAGCUACUGCAGGAUGUCUCUCCAGCUCGCCCUGUGCGCCGGCUAGAGCAUCUCACCUCUAAGCUUCAGGAAAUUGAUGAACAGCUGUUGGCAAUACAGACCAUUGCUGAAAACAUAGAACAGGAUUGCCCCAGAUACAGAAUGCUAGAUCGACAUUAUGAUAAGGUUGAACCUGUAGAUCACGUUGAAUUGUCUUCUGGUCCUGAAUCUGAAAACACAUUGGCUCCAAAAGCCAUUGGCAUUUCGGAAGUACAUUUCCAGACUCACAUGAAUAAGGAGGCUCCAAGUGACAGAGAGACUUCAGAAGCUGAAUUUUCAGUAACAGAAACUCAUUCUAGUCAGAAAACCUGUGUGUUUCCUUCUGCUGAUUCGGCUGUCAGCCUUUUCAGUGACCAGAAUACAACUUCUCCUGGUGUGAAUAACAGUGAUGAUUUAUUUGAGAGCGUUUCAGUAGAUCCAUUCCAGAUGACUGGAUUAACUGAUAUUGCAGACAUUAUUGAGGACCUUAUAACAAAAGAUGGAGUUUCCAGUGAGGAGCUUGGUUUAACAGAACAACAAGCUAGGAAUAUCUCCAGAGUUCAGCAUUCUUCUGGUAGACGAACACAAAGAACGGAGAAGGAAAGAAGAGAAAUUCAGGUGUGGAUGAAAAGAAAACGCAAGGAAAGAAUGGCAGAGUACUUAAACCAGCUGGCAGAAAAGAGAGGGCGAGAACAUGACCCCUUCUGCCCAAGGAGCAAUCCAUUUUACAUGACUUCACGGGAAAUCAGGCUGAGACAAAAGAUGAAGAUCGAAAAGGACAGGUUAUUACUCUCGGACCACUAUAAUCAGCGGAUCUCCCAAGCAUACAGUCUGAUGAACGAACUGUUAUCUGAAUCAGUACAGCUACCAAAAACUGCACAGAAAGCCUUGCCUCACAAACCCAGAGCUGCUCAAAUUUCCCAAGAGCAACACUGCCUUUCUCCAAGAAGAGAGAAUAAAUAUGGUCACAAUAUUCCAACAAAUCAACCUGGAAAAUUCAGAUAUAUAUCCAGACCGAGUUAUAUCCGAAAGGGGAAACCUCUGGGGCAUCCUCAAGGCCCUCCUUGGCCACAUGGAACUGCUACUUUUACCAUACAGAAUAAAGGAGGUGGAGCCAAAGUGGCAGCAAGAAAGGCUGUGCCUUCUCCAGUUACCUUCCAAAAAGAUUGGAUAUCCCGAACAAAUCCUAGAGCGAUACACUCUGAUCUGAAGAGGAGGAAAUUACAAAGCCAUCCCUGCAGAAAGCAAGGUUCUGGUGCUCCAUGUUGCCUGCAGUGUACAAAAAAUCACAUUAGUGCAGAACCUUCGCCUCAAUCAAAACAGGUAUGUAUAGAGUACGAGAGAGAGGAGACCGUGGUGAGUCCCUGGACGGUACCUUCAGACAUCCGUACGGUUCUUCGCGAGAGUCACAGUUCCCUUCUACAAGACUUGUCAGCAACUGAAGAAGAACAAGAGCCUCCUUUUGGUGGCAUCGACAGUGUGUCUGAGAGUACUGGCAGCAUCCUCAGCAAGCUUGACUGGAAGGCCAUUGAAGACAUGGUGGCCAGCGUGGAGGACAAGAGCCUGUCUGUCCACUGGGCCUUGGGCCUGUAAGAUCCAAGUAUCAUUCUGUUUCCGAGCAAAGGCCAGCAGCUCAGUGAUAGUAGUUCUGAAAGAUUUGUGUGUUUAAAAGAGAGAAGCAGUGAAGGAAGCAAUGUGAAUAGACCACCUACAGCCAUAUUAUUACCUGGAUUAGCCAUUUCAAGAGGGAAAAUAAACACUUCUCAAUAAUUUUGCCUUCAUAGGGAAAGGGUUGUUUAACUAUAGAUUACGUGCUUUUGGAUUUAUCUUUAUACACAAUUUUUAAAAUGACUUGAAAGGUACUUUUCAUUUUUUUCAAGUUUAUAUAUUUAAGUUACUUUCAAUAAAAAUGUUUUGUCUCCUCCUUUACUACCCCAUGAGUCUUGAGAAACAAAACUUAUAUGGAUAAAUCUGCUGGAAAAAAAGAAUCUUUCAUUGAGGAGAAGAAAGUCACAAUGUCACCCUAAGAUUCAAUAAUGAACUCCAUUUUAUAGCAUAGCCUAAAAUUCACCUGGGUAAACCUGGCCCAGGAGCCAAAGAAACAAGGCACUUUCCAGCAAUGCUGGACUUUUAAAUAAGCCAGACCUAUCCUGCACCCUGCAGCCUGCAAAGCCUUGCUUUGGGUGAGAAAUAGGAUUACUGAUUCCAGGAGGCUCAUAUAAACUUUGUAAAAACCAUGGUGUGGAGACCUGGGUAGUUUCUGGUGUUGUCCCAGUAUCAUAAUUUGGGAGAUAAUUUUUAUGAGAAGAAACUCAUCUUUUUGAAAAAAUCACUCGUCAAUUUUUGGUGUAGUAUCAAAGAAUAAUAUUGUCUGAAAAAGCUAUUAAAUAUACCUCCUUUUCCAACCACA